CCACCCCGUGUCAUCAGCCUGGUGGCCCUGAGAAAGUUCCACUGGAAGGGGCCCCAUGAGAGAGACACCACCAUUUCCCUCUUCCUCCCGGUCUAGGUCGCCAGCAAAUCUCAAGAGCUCUCUGAGAUCCAGUCCGGACCCACAGGUCCCUCCUAGGCGCAGAUGAGUUUCUGGAUCGCUGGCCUCAGACUUUUGCUACUCCAGCUGUUUGCCAGGGCCUGGAGCUACAACCUGGACACGCGGCAUGCUCAAAGCUUCUUGGCACAAGCUGGAAGACAUUUUGGGUACCAGGUCUUGCAGGUCGGAGAUGGGGUUGUGGUGGGAGCCCCAGGUGAGGCGGACAGCACAGGAGGCCUCUAUCGCUGCCAUCCGAGGAGUGGUGCCUGCCAGCCGGUCAGCCUACAUGGUUCUAACCAUACCUCCAAGUACUUGGGAAUGACGCUGGCAACAGAUGCCGCCAAGGGAAGCCUCCUGGCCUGCGAUCCUGGACUGUCUCGGACGUGCGAUCAGAACACCUACCUCAGUGGCCUGUGCUAUCUCUUCCCCCAGAGUCUGGAGGGACCUAUGUUACAAAACCGUCCUGCCUAUCAAGAAUGUAUGAAGGGCAAAGUCGACCUGGUGUUUCUGUUCGAUGGCUCACAGAGCUUGAAUAGAAAGGACUUUGGAAAGAUCCUGGAAUUCAUGAAGGAUGUGAUGAGGAAACUCAGCAACACUUCUUACCAGUUUGCUGCUGUUCAGUUUUCUACAGAGUGCAGAACAGAAUUUACCUUCUUGGACUACAUUAAGCAGAACAAGAACCCCGAUGUUCUGCUAGGCAGCGUGCAACCCAUGUUCUUGCUGACCAAUACCUUUCAUGCCAUCAACUAUGUGGUGGCACAUGUGUUCAAAGAAGAGUCUGGUGCCAGGCCAGAUGCUACCAAGGUGCUCGUCAUCAUUACAGAUGGGGAGGCAAGUGACACCGGCAACAUCGAUGCAGCCCAAGGCAUAACCCGCUAUAUCAUCGGGAUUGGCAAGCAUUUUGCGACCGUACAAAAGCAGGAGACGCUCCACAUAUUUGCCUCAAAACCUGUAGAGGAAUUUGUCAAGAUUCUGGACACAUUUGAGAAGCUGAAAGAUCUAUUUACUGACCUGCAGAGGAAGAUUUAUGCUAUUGAGGGCACAAGCAAACAGGACCUGACAUCCUUUAACAUGGAACUCUCGUCUAGUGGGAUCAGUGCGGACCUCAGCAAGGGCCAUGCAGUUGUGGGAGCCGUUGGGGCUAAGGAUUGGGCCGGGGGCUUUCUGGAUCUGAAUGAAGACCUGCAGGGUGCCACAUUUGUUGGGCAUGAACCGCUGACCUCAGAUGUGAGAGGAGGUUAUCUGGGUUAUACUGUGGCCUGGCUGGCCUCCCGGAGCUCCCGACCCCUGCUGGCAGCAGGAGCCCCACGGUACCAGCAUGUGGGACAAGUGCUGCUUUUCCAAGCCCCAGAGGCUAGAGGACAUUGGAACCAGACCCAGAAGAUAGAAGGAACUCAGAUUGGAUCUUACUUUGGUGGGGAGCUAUGUAGUGUUGACCUGGACCAAGAUGGCGAGACAGAGCUGCUGCUGAUUGGAGCACCCCUGUUCUACGGGGAGCAAAGAGGAGGCCGAGUGCUCAUUUACCAGAGAAGACAGUCGCUGUUCGAAAUGGUCUCAGAGCUACAGGGUGACUCUGGCUACCCGCUUGGUCGGUUUGGAGCUGCCAUAACUGCCCUGACAGACAUCAAUGGGGAUGGGCUGACUGAUGUGGCCGUGGGAGCCCCUCUGGAGGAGCAGGGGGCUGUGUAUAUCUUCAAUGGAAAGCCUGGUGGGCUCAAUCCCCAGCCAAGCCAGCGAAUACAAGGAACCCAGGUGUCCCCAGGAAUCCAGUGGUUUGGCCGCUCCAUCCAUGGGGUGAAGGACCUUGGAGGGGACAGGCUGGCAGAUGUGGUUGUAGGAGCUGAAGGCCAGGUGAUUGUUCUAAGCUCGAGGCCGGUGGUGGAUGUUGUCACUGAGCUGUCCUUCUCCCCAGAGGAAAUCCCAGUGCAUGAGGUGGAGUGCUCCUACUCAGCCAGUCAGGAGCAGAAGGAAGGCGUCAAGCUCAAGGUGUGCUUCCAGAUCCACCCCCUCACGGCUCAAUUUCAAGGUCGCUUGCUUGCCAAUCUCAGUUACACCCUACAGUUGGAUGGCCAUCGGACGAGGAGUCGAGGUCUGUUCCCAGGAGGAAGCCACGAGCUGAAUGGGAACACAUCAGUCACCCCAGAUAAGUCCUGCCUGGACUUCUACUUCCACUUCCCGAUCUGCAUUCAAGACCUCAUCUCCCCUAUCAAUGUCACUCUUAAUUUCUCUCUUUUGGAGGAAGAAGGAACACCAAGGGACCAAAAGGUGGGCAGGGACAUGCAACCCAUCCUGAGACCUUCCAUCCACACAGUGACAAAGGAGAUCCCUUUUGAGAAGAACUGUGGUGAAGACAAGAAGUGUGAGGCAGACCUGGCCCUGUCUUCCCCUGCCAGAUCCGAAUCCCUGCGUCUGAUGGCCUCUGCCAGCCUUGCUGUGGAGUGGACCCUGAAGAACUCAGGGGAAGACGCAUACUGGGUGCGACUGGACCUGGACUUCCCUCGGGGACUCUCCUUCCGAAAAGUGGAGAUGCUUCAACCACACAGCCCAAUACCCGUGAGCUGCGAGGAGCUCACAGAGGAGUCAAGUCUCCUGACUAAGACACUGAAAUGCAAUGUAAGCUCUCCCAUCUUCAAAGCAGGCCAACAGGUGAGCCUCCAGGUGAUGUUUAACACUCUACUCAACAGCUCCUGGGGAGAUUUUGUUGAGCUGAAUGGCACUGUGCACUGUGAGAAUGAGAAUGCAAGCCUCCAGGAGGACAACUCAGCCACCACCCGCAUUCCUGUCCUGUACCCUGUCAACAUCCUUACUGAGGACCAGGAGAACUCCACACUCUAUAUCAGUUUCACUCCUAAAGGUCCGAAGACCCAACAAGUCCAGCAUAUCUACAAGGUGAGGGUUCAGCCGUCUCCCUAUGAGCAUGACAUGCCCACACUGGAGGCCUUGGUUGGGUUGCCGCAGCCUCACAGUGAGGGCCCCAUCACAUACACAUGGAGUGUACAGACGGAUCCCCUUGCCACUUGCCACCGAGAGGACCUGAAGAGGCCAUCAGGCGAAGCUGAGCAGCCUUGUCUGCCCGGAGUCCAGUUCCGCUGUCCAAUUGUCUCCAGGCAGGAGACCCUCAUCCACGUGACCGGGACGGUAGAACUCUCCGAGGAAAUUAAGGCCUCCUCCACACUCGGCCUUUGCAGCUCACUCUCCGUGUCCUUAAACAGCACCAAGCAUUUCCAUUUGUAUGGCAGUAAAGCCUCGGAGGCCCAGGUCCUCAUGAAGGUUGAUGUGAUCUACGAGAAGGAGAUGCUUCACCUGUACGUGCUCAGCGGCAUUGGGGGGCUGGUGCUACUGUUCCUGAUUUUCCUAGCGCUCUACAAGGUUGGCUUCUUCAAACGGAACCUGAAGGAGAAGAUGGAGGCUGAUGGAGGUGUUCCAAAUGGAAGCCCUCCAGAAGACACUGACCCUCUGGCAGCACCUGGGGAAGAGACCAAAGAUCUGGGCUGUCUAGAGCCUCUCCACGAGAGUGACAAGGACUAAGGCCUGGGUCUGAUUCACUGACGGCCCAGGAAUAGACUUGAGAGCCCUGGCCCUGACCAGCUUCAGCCUCAUGCCACUGUGUAUCCUGUCCUUGGCUAGUCACUGGCUGUUCCUGGUCCUCAGUUUCCCCAUCUUGAGCAUAGAGCUCAUUUCUUUUCUUUUGUUUUCUUUUCCUUUUCUUUUUCUUUUUUUUUCUUUUUUUUUCUUUUUUUCGGUU